GGAAAUUAUUUUUGAUAAUUAUGUAAUAAUCGAUACUCUGUGCCGAAUCAAAUUUUUACCAUCGAUAAAAAGGUUAGUUAAUACCUUGAAAUGAUUACCAACGUGUGAAGUGUAUCAAAUUUGCUUGAUUUUUGUAACGCUGUCCCCACCUAUAAAGCUUUUCGUAGCCAUGUCGACCUGUUUUGACACGAAUAUGACUCUUUUAUUCAUAAAGUUCUCCCUGGAAUCCACCUUAAGAUGGAAUAGUCUUAACGAUGGAACCAACUGCCACAUAGCGAAUCCUGCCAUAAACCAAAGCUCGCAAUGUAGCGUAGCACCGCAGAUCUUCAAACUAAAAUGGAAAAAUUGGAAAUUUUUUUUGUUAUCCCCGGGCAAACUGAGGAUUUCAUGAAUUUAAAAUAUCCUCUAUCCGGGGUGUUGAUCCUAUUUUUGUUCCAGUGAUAGUUGGCCCUGGAGCCAAUUCAAACACAAUCCAUCAAAUCGUGAGCUGACUGAUUCAUAGAAUGAUAUUUAUAUCAUGUUUUUUUCCGGUGCACAAUCGGUAUGUUUCGACUAGGGCGUAUACUACAAAGUUAUCAUUACUAAUGCAUGAACAGAAAAUUAUCACCACUCGUAACGGCUGACAAUAGUUGGAUGUCGAAGAAAAAAAAUCAUUGACAUCAGAUAUUCUCCACAAUUUCAUCGAAAGGAUUGAAAUCGUACACCACAACGUUUCGGCUGUCAAUCCGCGGCAAAUGAUUCUUUAGCAAAAUGGAGAUAUGCAGUCAACACGGAGAAAAGCGGCGAGAUCAUAGUCACAGUUCAGGGCGACCUAACACAGCAGGAAAAACGUGCCGUCUUCCUCACCGUGCAUGACUUGGGAUGCAAUCAUACCUCAUUUCAAGAUUUUGUAAACAGUGCAUGCAUGAUCGAAAUCAAAGAACGGUCAUGUUUUAUACACAUUGAUGUUCCUGGGCAUGCCGAGAAUGCUCCAAAUCUACCGGAAAACUUUCAAUUUCCGUCACUGCAGCUGCUGGGAGAAGAGCUGGUAACCGUUUUGGACUUUUUACACGUCAAAUACGUCAUCGGGUUGGGAGAGGGCGCUGGCGCCAACGUUCUGGCCCGAUUCGGUAUUGCUCAUCCAUCGCGCAGUCUGGGCCUAAUUCUGAUCAAUGUGACCGGUUCGGCGGCCUCGGUACUGGACGCAUUCAAGACCAAGUUCAUCAGCUGGAAGGAGGACGCCCUCAGCCAGUCAGCCGAGGAUUUUCUGUUGUAUCACAAAUUUGGCUAUAUUUUCUCCGAGCAAUUGACUGGAGACAAUCCCGACAAGGAGAAGAUCGUCGCAGAGUUCCAGAGUCGGCUACAUAGUUCGUUGAACAACAAAAAUCUGAAGCAAUAUGUUAAAGCAUUUAUGAGUCGCAAAGAUUUGCCCUUGAAGAACUGUAAACUUGAUUGUUUGUUGAUUACCGGCGUCAUGAGCCCGUACGCCGGUGUUGUUGAGAAACUGUACCGAGACCUAAACAAGGAGAAAGUCACUCUGUUGAAGGUCGAACGGGCGGGUGACGUUUUAGCGGAUGCCCCCGCCAAGGUGGCUCAAUCGAUUUUACUGUUUUGCAAAGGCCAAGGUUUGCUCACUUCGGUCGCCAUGCCCGGAGUUGAUCGCAACAGGGCCUUUUCCACAAGCUCGGGAGGCUCAAGCGAUGGAACACCCGGGGCUCGCCGAUUGUCGCGCGGAAUGUCGAUGGAAGAUUACGACAAGCCUAACAUUAGACGGCUUAGCGUUACUAUUACUGAACAGAUGCCAGAGAUCAAGAAGUAAAUGGCAGACGGCCGGGAAAAUUGUUUCAAAUUUAUAUGAUUAAUAACAUUUUAUCGAAAUAAAAACGAACAGUAAAAAAAGCAUGAAUAUUUGACAUGUGCAGGUAACAGCCACAAAUGCUCUAAUAUCAACUUUUAUAGAUGUACGUAUUUUUUAUCUGAAGAAUAAAACACAAGACAAAAACAUAGAUCAUAUAUCCGAGCAACUCUAACAGUUCAAGUAAUAGAGGAAAACAUCAGUGAAAACGAUUGUAUUCUAAAACCAAACGAGUAAUAUACACUUACAUUUAAUAACUAUUUUAAGUGUAAUUGAUUUUCAUACAGUAACGAAAGAGAUUUGAAAUCGUUCUGCAGCGAUAACAAAAAUCGCUCCCCGAAUAAACAAAUCUCACCGCUUACACCUGUGUGGAAGUUGAUUGCAUCUCGUAAAUGUCAUCUUCCCAAAUCAAUCAUCACUUUCAAAUGCCAAGUUUCUUAUAUCAAACAGAAACAUCUGGAACCCUGGAAACUGAUCCCACGCAACAAACACAACAACAAAAAAACAGAUCCUUUAUUUGAUAAAAAUAUAUUUCAACUUCAGAGCCUAUAUACAUCUAAUAUUUCCUAUUAACGAGAGAUCAAGAUCCAAGCGUAUUGCUAUAUACUAAGUAGACAAGUAGAACCGUAAGCAACUACACGCGCUUACUUAAACAGUGUAACAAGUAAAAUUAUUUGACGAUUACGAGGCAAUCUGCUCACAAGCAGAAACCUCAAAAAUGUUGAACAGCCAAAGCAUAUUUAGAGGACCUAUUUCUUCACAGUAGCAAAUUAGUAGAAAAGCAAAGCUUCACAUGAUAUAAAGUCAUAAAGCACAGACAUCGUCGCUUGUAAUUGAAAUUUAUAGACAAUUUACUGAUUAGUAGUUGAAAAUCAGCCCUGCACAUGAUAAAGAAGUAAACAUCAGGAACCCUAAGAUAAAAAAUUACAAAAUAAAAAAAACACACACUAAUAUAAACUGUUGUAGCGUUCACACUCCUAAAUACUGAGGUGCGUUAUAAGCUAAAAUUGUUUUAUUAUUUUUGUCAGAUCGAACAUACUAUCGUAAGUUAUAUUAAAUAGUAAAUAAAAAUUAUUUAAACCAUA